AUGGAAAAUCUUCUUCAUAGUUUCACUUCUUUACCAAAUCUUUCAUCAUUGGCUAUUCCUAUUGCGCAGGGUUCUAAUACAAAUACUAUCUAUAAUCUAAUAUUUCAAUUACCAGUACUAAAAUAUUGCAAAAUGACUUUCGAAGAAAACAUUUCUUUCGAAUCAUUACCUAGGUCUACCAAAUUAUCAAAUUCUAUUGAACAUCUUGUUAUUAAUGGUGCAUGUCACUACGCUAUCAUUGAUGCCCUUUUAUCAUAUGUUCCUCAACUUCGUCGUCUAUCAAUUAAUUAUUUACGAAAAUGCUUCACAUUAACUGGUGAACCAAAUUUAGAUAAAAAUGUUUGUCAUGAAAAAACAAUUUUUGAUUCAGUUCAUCAUGUAAUCAUCCAAGACGAAAGGGUAAUCGUCAACAGUUCAAAAUAUUUUCCAAACGCCAAUGAACUCACUAUCUUCAAUCAACGUGCUAGUUGUUCUCAUUGGAAUUCAACUUAUUAUAUCGAUGGCAUUAUUCCUGUGAUACAGAUUACUAAGUUAACUAUCGAUUAUAGUCAUCAUCCUUUUAAUAAAUUAGUCGAUCUCUUAUAUUGCAUACCAAACAUUCAGACAUUAAUUUUUAAACAAUUAUCACUUCCUGAGAUGGAUUACUUUCUAUUACAAGAAAGUGAAAAAUUUCGAUUGGUAUCAAAUCAAAAUAAAAUAAAAAGUAUCACUUUUUCACUUGAUUAUUCAUUGCGCAAAAUCAAAUUAUUUAUGAAUCUUUGUCCUAAACUGCAACAACUGACUAUUGGUAUGGCUGAUAAUUGUCUUGAAAUAACUGUUCAAUUUUUAUUAUUAGAAACUAAGAGAACUAUUUGUCAUUUAUCUUCAUUAUGUAUUUUUGGAAUGAAUACAAUAUCGAAUAAAAAAUUGAAAACUCUAAUUGAAUCAAAAAACCUUCUUGAUGAUUAUUCGAUAAAAAUUGUCGAUCGAAAUUUUUAUCUUUGGUGGUAA